AACAUAUAAUAAACAUAUAAUAAUAAUAAUAAUACAUUAUUGUGAAAUGGGCCGUUCUGAAUAAUGAGUAGUCUACUUUUACUUUUGGUAAUUAUAUUAAAGUUCCAAUUUUGAAUGCCAGACUUUAACUACACGGUAGUAUUACUAAAUACUUAAAUAAAGAAUCUGUAUACACUCUUCAUAGACUGGUGAAAAGUGACACAUAAACACACGCACAGUCCCGCCUCGCGCCAGUAGAGGGCGCCAGAUGACCACGUAAUCGCCAGCAGGUAGGCGUUUAUUGAUUUCCAGCAUUUAGGGUAUUUUUUGUAUAGUCACAGAAACUAAUUGACAAACAAAACAGCUUUCUUAAUCUUGCAGCGAGGGAUGCGUCUAUGAUAAGUUUAGGAAACAUGCUACAGUGGUGAGUAUGUGGGCUGAGCAGAUGCCACCGACUGAAACUAAACUGACGCAAUUGGCAAUUAAUACUUCACCUGUUUCAACAAAAUCACGCAUGACAUAUAUACACGUUUUCAGUGGGACAUGUCAACACUGCGUUUUUCGCAGAGGAAAAGUGGCUUCUUGGUCAAAAAGCUUUAAAAAUGAAAGCAUCUCGCACACAUUAGCGUAACCAUGUUUAAAUAAGAAUAAAAGCAAAGCGCUCCCUAAAAGUUGAACUUAUUCAACUUGGCUCCGGUGGGGUUUUUUUUACUCGCAAACUCUUCUCGUCGCCCUCCCCGUCGACGUUACGUACGCUGCCGUGGCGUGCCUGCAAGCCAAAUAACAUGGAGUCCUCUGCCUGGCAUCUUCAAGGGAUCCUUGCAAAAAACACGAGCGGCGAUUAAACGACCAAGUUUGUCCAUGGGAGCAGUCAAAGCCUCCGGCGAGCAUCGUCUCGGGGCGUAAAAGCUUCAGCUCCGUCCUCAAAGUAUGACGAAGGGUGCUUAAACAGCCUGCCUUUCACUGCGAUCCGCAAACCAGGCCGAUUUCAUGUGUGUUCGUGUUUCCAGAGGAAGAGGAGACUGCACAAUGUAGGCAGGCUGGUCACCAGUGGGAUUCCAUACUGUUCUCUGGGGGACCAUGGAGCCAGAAGGGCGACCCCUAACCCCAGGGACCAGCUAUGGGCCCCCACCCUUCAACUCAGCACAAAACCCCGUCACCCCCGCCUCCCUCAACUGCACCUUACAGUCAUCACGUUCCCCCAAUGUGAGAGGUGGCCUGAUGUCUGCUAAAUGCUGGGACCACACUGGAGAUGAGGACCCCAAGCAGACUGAGGGCACUCAGCCCAGUGCAGACCCAGGGAGGAGCGCACAGAGGAGGUUCAGGUCCUCAGUCUUCUCUUCCUCCCUAAGCUGGGACUCUGACUCUGAGAAAGAAACACUAGAUGAGGAGGAGCUACAGCACUUUUCUAACCCUCACGGUCUGGCUGCUCACAGCCCGGGAUCUCCUUCGUCUGGACUCAGACCUGAUAGUGAAGAAGACCAAGGACCAGCAAAUCUGCAGCACCUGCACAGCAAGACUGACUGGCCUACUGCUGUGGAGGGGCACAACGACAACAACGAGAGCACAAAGACAGAAGAGCCAAAUACAUCUCAGCUUGGCCCACAAGAAUUGGAAGACAGCAAAGUCUGGAAUGUACCUGAGGAAGCUGAGCGGUUUCUGUCCAAAGUAAAACCAAAAGAAGGUUGCCAGAUGGUGGAGGAGGCAGAUAGUUGUGAGGGAGAGAAAAGGCCCAAGGGAAAAGAAACCACAGAGCCUGAGAGAGAUGUGUACACGUUCCCUGGAGACUCAGACCCUGAGAGUCCCCCUCCUGCCCCCUGGGCUCAUUGCACAUUCAUUCAGCGGUGCAGAAAGAAGAGGGUGCUGCUCAGGCCCUUCUCUGGACUUGGCACCUUAAAGCGCACAUUGCCUGAAAGUGGCAAACGGGCAAAAGUGAGUCCUCAAAAAUCAAAACCGGCUGAGCCAGCACAGCUGAAUCAAGGUGGAGAGGUUUAUGAUUUUGAUGAAGUGAACUUGGGAGAGGCAGCAGUGGAAGAACCGGUAAAGUUCAGAUACAAAGGCGGGAAAAGAGACAAAGAAGAAGAAAGUGGGAUAGUGCCCGUUAAAGAAAUCUUCACCUGUGUGGAAUGUAGCAUUUACUUCAAAAAGCAAGUCCACCUGCAGGAGCACAUCGUUGAGCACUGUCAGAGUGGUGCAGGGGGUGGCAGGCGUUUAGGAAAGGGCGGCCGUUUUCGGUGCACCGAGUGUGGCUGGAACCUGCCAAAUCGGCUCGCACUGGCGGACCACCACCGAAGGCACCAGGAGUCCCGUCUGAAGAUCUUGGAGGAGAUUGAGAAACUGAAUGAAAACGGGGGAGAGAUUCAGAAACUCGACAGUAAGGUGGUGAGGCAUACAAGCCCAGACCGAGCUAUUAUGCAAGAUGCAGACACAGCCUCGAUUCUAGGCAAAAUGUCAGACCCAGAAAUAGUCACGUCUCCACCUCUUUCCCCAGCCCCAGUUUCAACACAAGAUGCAGACGCAGUAGUUCUUGACUCAGAAGCAGCUCCUCCGAAUUCACUUCGAAGUCCAGCUCAGGCACGAGCUGUUUCUGCCUACCGCCGCCGCUUUGUCUGCACCAAGUGUAACUUCAGCACAAGAACCUCCCAGGCACUGGCUAAUCACACCAAGAUCCACAACAGAAAAAAACCCGCUCUCCAGGCUCACCCCCCAUCCCCUGGAUCACCAUCAUGUUUGGCAUCCACUUCCCUGGCCUGUGGUCAUUGUGCCUUCCUGACCUCAAGUCAAACUGUAAUGAGGGAACACCAGAACCUUGUUCACCCAGGACAGGUCUCCGUCAGCGGGGCGCAGGCUGAUGAGACCGGCCUGCAUUCACGGCCUAAUGUGGGUGCUCGAAUUUCAAAACCCACCCUAGACUCUGACCAUCUCUCUGGAUCUGGAUCCCCACCCGAUGCAACUCAAAGCCAAAGCCAGCAAGUAGUCACUGCCUCCGAGGACAGCACAAUACAAGACAGCGCUGCAGCUCGGGCCACAAGCCAGUUGGUCUUCAAGUGUGUUGGGAACAGGAGAUUCAGCAGAAGAGGGAAGACUUGGACUGAUCUGGCCAAGUUUCAUCCCAGACUGGAUGAUGGCAAGCUGCCUGGGAGUGAAGAAGGAGAAGAGCGGGAUGAAGAUCAGAGCACAGAGCUUGACACUGAGUGUUCCCAAGAAGAGGUCAGCUCACCCGUGGGAGUGAAACCGCACACCAGAGCACGAUCAAACACAGAUGACUGUUCAGCACAGCAGAGUGCUACAUUAUCACUCCCUUCAAAGAACAGUGUGAAGGGCGAAGACAAGCUGGAAGCGGAGAAAGAUGGGAAGGUUUUCUGCUUGAGGAGGAGCAACAGGGUUACUGCUGCUCCUGCGGAAACUGACAGUGAUGACGACGACGACGUAGACGAGGAACGCGUGCGCUUUCUCCUGUCAGAGGGCAUCUUGGAUGAAGACAACGACGAGCUUGAUGAGGACACAGAGGCGCUCAAGAGCGUGGAAAGGAGGUGCCCCUACUGCCCCGAUCGAUUUCACAAUGGCAUUGGGCUCGCCAACCACGUGAGAGGCCACCUGAACCGAGUGGGCGUCAGCUACAACGUGCGUCACUUCAUAUCCCCCGAGGAAGUCAAUGCGAUUGAGAAGAAGUUCUCCUAUCAGAAGAAGAAAAAAAAAGUCGCCAACUUUGACCCGGACACGUUCAGUGUGAUGCACUGUGAGUUCUGUAGCGCCGGCUUCGACACCCGGGCCGGCCUGUCCAGCCAUGCACGGGCCCACCUGCGCGACUUCGGCAUCACUAACUGGGACGUUACCAUCUCGCCCAUCCACAUCCUGAGGGAGUUGUUCUCCAGCCGGCCCGACCUUGUAAUCCCCACGGCUCCCCCUCGGAGCCUCGGAUCUCCACAGGAGGAGAGCGAGGAGGAGGAAGAGGAGAGGGAAGUGGAGGAGGAAGGGGAGGGAAUCGUUGAGGUAAAGCUAGAGGGGGAGACAAGUGAAAGGACGCUGAGUGCUGCCGUUUCUGAUGCACUGCCUCCAGCAUCUCCUCAACGCUGCAAGAAAGAGGAUGAUGUAGAAGAGUGUGAAGGUGAGGAGGAGGAAGCAGCUGAGGAAGAGGAUGAGGAGGAGCUGCAGCUUCCAGCUCUGGACGGUCUGAGCUCAAGCCCCGGGAAAACAGGGCUGUGCGGCGUGGACACAGACGGCAUCUCUCCUGGGGAAGAUGCAGACUCCAAGGUCCACAGCUUGAAGUGUGAGGUGUGUGGAGCUCAGUUUGAGACCAGGCGGGGACUGUCCAGCCACGCCCGCUCUCACUUGCGCCAGCUGGGCAUCAGUGUUUCAGAGAGCAGCGGGGCACCCAUAGACCUCCUCUACCAAAUUGCCAAGGAGCGCGACAUAGACAGCCAAAUAAGCUCACCCCUCCUAGAGCCCCUUGCAUCCAAGAACUCCCCCCUGUCCGUUCCUCAGAAAGAUGAGGAUUUAGAAGACAUGGACUUAGACGAGAAACCCAGCCCACUCUCCAUCCUGGCCAAAGCAGCAAAAGCAGUGCCACCCUCUUCCUCCUCCACGCCCACACCUUCUCCGGGUGUCUCUCCGGCCCUGCCUCAUUCGGGCUCCCCUUCCUCAGUAGUGAGGAAAGCUCCCAUUUCCUCUCUGCUGCCUGUGUCUUCCCCCUUGCGCUCCCCUGAGCACAAGGCAGGGGGAAUGAAAACCUUGACCUCUAACCUCUCUGCCCCGGCCACCAUCACAGCAACCAAACCCCUCUGGGCACCGCAGGAGAAUGACGCUCCUCUCAACCUCACACUAGAGGUGGACCCCAACAAGGACAUCGUUUGUCAGCUGUGUGGCGCCUGGUUUGAGACUCGGAAAGGCUUAUCCAGCCAUGCACGAGCGCACCUGCGACACUUUGGGGUGGAGUACUCUGAAUCCAAGGGCUCUCCCAUCGACCUCCUGAACCAGCUCAUUGAUACUGACGACUUCAAGCACAAAGCCAGUGCAUUGCAGCUCGACAGCCACACAGGACCACGGGGCCUCACGACCACGCUAUCCUCCCCGAAGCAGUCGCUGCUGAGCCUCUCCUCCUCCUCUUCUUCUUCAUCCCUCCUCUACAAGGUGACCACAGCUGGGGGCGGGUCGACAUCCAAAACUACCUCUUCCUCUGCCUCAUCUUUACUAGGCCCACCUGCCAAGCGGCUCAAGUCUUCUUCCAUGCGGGUCUUCCGCCUGAGUAGCGGGGAGCUCAUGGCCCUUCCACACAGUGAACCUCUUAAAGAAAUAGGCUGUGAGUUCUGCGGGGAAUAUUUUGAGAAUCGCAAAGGCCUCUCCAGCCACGCCCGCUCCCAUCUGCGGCAGAUGGGCAUUACCGAGUGGUCUGUCAACGGCUCCCCAAUCGACACCCUGAGGGAGAUCAUCACAAGACGGGGCCUGCCUUGCGCUCUUCCUCUAAAACCUCUCAAAACUCCACCUCCGUCCUCUCCGGGGCCCCCCCGAUCCCCUCUGUCAACCUCCUCCUCUCCUUCAGCUAACCUCCUCAGUCGUCUACCCUUCGCCUUUGCCCGCCCCUCCAGCCCUCCUCAGCCCGCGGUGUCUAAAUCAAGCUCCGUUCCGCCGACGUCCUCCAGCGGGCUUAUCCUCAAGCUGAAGCCUGAGCCGGUGCAGCUGGAGGUGACCACGCCUGGGGAUGUUGGGAGAUCUGCCAGCUUCUCUGGUGAACCUCUCAGCUGGAGCAGCUCUGACAAUGUGUUCCCACUUAAUUUGGCCAUGCCACAUGAAGUAGAGCCGACAAGAGAUAUCCGCUGUGAGUUCUGCGGGGAAUACUUUGAGAAUCGCAAAGGCCUCUCCAGCCACGCCCGCUCCCACCUGCGCCAGAUGGGCAUUACUGAAUGGUCUGUCAACGGCUCACCAAUAGACACCCUGAGGGAGGUUAUGCACAAGAGAGGUGUAGGCGCCUCCUCUCACUCUGACCAGGGAGUGAAGAAGGAGUCAAGCCAAGGAGCCAACAGUCCCCCAUGGGAGAACGCCAGGGGCACCGGCAGGUCAGAGGGUUUGGGUGUUUCAGGAUACCACUCCUCCAAAUACCGUAAAUCCCCUCUCAGUUUGCUGCAGUCAGGGUCCAGGCUCCACAAGCAGGGCCUGGGGUCCGCGGGCACAUCUGCUACCCCACCUGCAGGGAAGUUUUUCAGGAUGUCCCCACUAGGGAAAAGGCCUCUGUCUGAGGAGGCCCGAUCAGUGGAGACUGCCCACUCACCAUCACAUCAGCCUAAGACUUUCUCGCCUCUGCCACAUGAUUUCUCCUUCAAAAGAAAACCCUCCCCAGACAAGCACGGACACCAGGAUCCCAGUUGUGAGCUGUGUGGCUUCUACUUUGAGAACCGUAAGGCUCUAGCCAGCCACGCGCGAGCCCACCUGAGGCAGUUUGGUGUGACUGAGUGGUGUGUAAAUGGAUCCCCCAUCGAGACGCUUAGCGCCUGGAUGCGCAGCAGGCCACAGAAGGUGUUGGAGAUGCAUCGUAGCUACAUGCAGGGCAGCCGCUCCACCCUCAAGAAGAAGAGCAGCUCACCUCUUCAGUCAACAGAUUCUGAUCAUAUCCUUCCCAUAUCAUCGCAGAAGGCCUCCUCUUCCUCCUCCUCCUCCUCCUCCUCCUCCUCUUCCUCCUCCUCCUCCCAGUGGUCUUCUUCUUUGGCUGUGAGCCUGGUGCGGCCGGUGAGCCGCGAGGUCAGCCAGGGCUCUUCCAAGACCGCCGAGGGUGAGGCUGGUACCAAUCUACAGGCCGUUCCCAUCAGGCCCGGCCGCAGCAGUCCCGGCCACUCGCGGCUCGCCAGCGGCCUCCCGCUUCAAGCACAGGUGGCACGCAGUGAGCUUAACGUCCGCCUGCCCAGAGGCACCGUCCCCGCCCUGGUGCCCAAACCACCCUCCUACCCACUGGUCAAACUGGUGGGCAAAUUCUACACCCUGAAGUGCCGCUUCUGCGAGGUGGAGUUUCACGGCCCGCUGUCGGUGCAGGAGGACUGGAUCAGACACCUCCAGCAGCACAUCCUGAAGAUGAACUACAGCAAACCUGCUACGCCCAAAGCAGCCUCCGCUGGACCCCCUGCCCCAGCUGAUGACCCAGCGCCGGUCCAGGCCUCUGCCACAGCCUCCACCUCUACCUCCAGCACCACCUCUACACCUACUCCUGCCCUCGCCACCACCCCGACCCGCCCCACAGCUCCCAGCAGCCGCUCCUCUACGCCUCUGGCUGAGUGCACUCCGCCUGUCACUGCCACAGAGAUAGUAAAGGGCUCCGAGGAGCAACCCACCCCAUCUCCAACUUAUAUCCCCCUCCCCACCCAGACAGUGUAAGCUCAGAUUCAUCACUGUCAUUUUGCCCCCUUUUGCUUUGUCCUGCCUUUACUGUUUCUUUUUCGUCCAACCGUUUAUUUCCUUUGGCCUUUGCAAAGUGUUGUUGAGGAGGAGUGUUUCCCCUCCAAAGAGCACCUUUUGAAGCAGCUUUCUAGACUGUUACUAAGUCCCGUUACCAUGGGAACGAAGCUCUCCUGGCGUGGAUGAUUGUGGGAAAUGUCCACGCUUAUGAGGAGAGAGGAACCAGUGUUUUGCAUUUGCCUUGUUUAUAUUGAAUGUCCAGGUGAUGACAUGGAGCGUUGCUGUGCAUCUCCUCCCAUUCACUGGACGGUUUAGGGGUUAAUGUAGCCCCUAUCAAACCCCCCCCUUCUACUACAGUUUUGCCUCCACCCUUUCCCCUAAUGAACAGUGCAUUACAAAGGCCUGUGAGAUCAAUUCUAUCAGCAUGCUGGUAGCGCUGGCCUCAGCCCUAAAGGUCCUUCUGAGAUUAAAUGACAUUUACAAUCACGCUAGUGUUGUGGUUGAGACUUCAAAUGUGGCAACACUUAGUGUUAAAACAGGCACUUUUAAUGAUGACACUGAGCACUUACUGAGACGCCCAUUCAAAUGGGCAAAAUUUGACAAAGACUAAUUCCGAUUGGUUUAAGGAGCAAGAAGUGGAAGCACACUCAAAAAGGGAAGCUCCCCCUUGUUAACUUUAUAAUGUAAUUCUCUACCCGAAAUAUACAUUUGUUUGAAUGUAGCUUAAAGCACCUAUUAAUACCUUAAAUGCACACAUUCAUACACAAUCAGACAUAUAUACCCAGUGUUGCUGUUGAUAGUUUUACCUUUCAUGAUGUUACUACUCCACAGUCUGCUGUUUUCAGCAGAUGAGGCUGCUGUUGUGUUGAAGGCACAGUCGUUUUUUUAAUCUCCCUCUCUGGAUUGGAGAAGCAGGGCCAUAGAAAACCUUCAAGGUUACACGUACAAGUUUUUUCCCGUGUUGCCAUUUUCGUCCUGCCCUUUUCAGUUUAACCCAAAUUAUUUAUUUAUUUUAAUGCAUCUGAAUGUGGUAAGCUAGGUCAUUAAAGCUAAAGUAGAACUUUGGAAUGUUUGGAAGUAGGUCAGCAGUGCACUUUUACACUAGUGCACAGUGUGUGUGUAUGAUUGUGUGUGUGUGUGUGUGUGUGCGUGUGUGUGUGUUAGUUUGUAUGUUUGUGUACAUACAUAGAAAUGUGCAUUUGUUUCCCAUUUUAAAGAGAAAGACAGAAGUAAAACUGCUAGACAGGAAGACACCUCUUUAGCUCAAAGUGAACUAAAUGUGGGAGCCUUCCUGGAUGUGGCCUGGUCAUGACUUAAAAGCAUCCGUCGUCAUGUUAGGAUGUGCCAAAGAGUCUGUUUACUUCCUGGACUUUCAUCUGUAAAAGCUGUUUACAUCGCACCUGAUGGUGGAGGAAACUCUGCACGGCUACCGAGUUCCUUGAGGCACCACACUGACCAACGGACUGAACCAGCGGUGAUCUGCAUCCACUACAUGCACCGCCGUGUUCCUCCGGUUUAAAAGACUCGGGAGCGGCUUCACGGGGUUGUUACUGUACGAUUAGAUUAUUCCAAUUAAACAUGAACACAAACCAAACUUGAUUUCAAGCAGGGCUCUUGAGAACUGCCGACCCUGAGUCCAAACACGUCUGACCUCGGGGCUCUUGAGGCUGAUGUCUUCGGCCUGUUUCUUGCUACGUUGCUUCAGACUGUGUUAAUAUCAACACCACAACUGCAGCAAUAACCGAAGGGUCCAUACAGGCUGACGACCUUUUAGAGUUCGUUCCAGUGUUGCCCACGUUUGAAACAUGACUGUUCGAUCCAAACAAUACCCAAACCCUUUUAUGGAGUAUAGAUACAUACUAUAUAACUACAUGUACUUAAGAAACUGUUGAUGCUAGUAGAGCCAUCAGCAGUUCUAUUAGCAAGGUAGUUAAAAAAAUAAGUGAUCUUAAUUCUUCUAUUGUGAUUUUGAUUUAAACCUUUGAUGCUAUGUAUUUUUUAUUGCUCUGUGCAUUUCUGUAUUUGCAGUCCUGCAAGGUGAAUCUUAGAGUAUUUUUUAUUUUUACCUGUUAGUCUCUCCAAGCUGAAACUUUGGUGCUGGUGAGAAUGUUGCAGGUUGGGAGGUGGCGAGUGGCGUGAGACUGAACGUGAGGAAAACGUUUCAAUGUGAUUGUCACGUCCCGGUAUUAUAGGACUCUAAUAAAUCAGGCCUUAAAGGGGACCACUGUGCACGGUCAGAUAUGAUCUUUUCGCGGCAUUCACAGAGUAAUAGAUGCUGUAGCCUCCUGCAGGCGCCGUGGCUGCAUUACUGUGUGAGAUGUGAAGUACAGGCCGGUGCAUUAGAGUUCCCUUUUAAGAUUACCUGAUUAAGCCUCAGCUGGUGUGUGUGUGUGUGUGUGUGUGUGUGUGUGUGUGUGUGUGUGUGUGUGUGUGUGUGUGUGUAAACAGACGAUGAUUAAGAAGAAAAAGAUGCAGUUGAGGAAAGAACUGUACACAAAGGGUUAAGUUUUAAGUGAAUCAACUACAGAACAAACAAAUAAAUGUGAUUUCAAUUUCA